AACAACACACCAGGCAAGGGAAAACCUUGAACAUCAGGAGUCGGCAAUCAUAGAGGCUGGCAGCUGGCUGGUGUCAGCUCUUCAGCCUUCAGGACAGAGAAGAUGGCCUUCAUUGCAGCUUUGGGGCUCCUGAUGGCUGGGAUCUGCCCUGCUGUCCUUGGCUUCCCAGAUGGCACACUGGGAAAUGACACUCUACUCCAUAAAGAUCAAGACAAGGGGACACAACUGGACAGUCUCACAUUGGAGUCCAUCAACACUGACUUUGCCUUCAGCCUUUACAAGAUGCUGGCUUUGAAGAAUCCAGAUAAAAAUGUUGUCUUCUCCCCACUUAGCAUCUCAGCUGCCUUGGCCAUUGUGUCCCUGGGAGCAAAGGGCAACACCCUGGAAGAGAUUCUAGAAGUUCUCAGGUUCAAUCUCACAGAGAGCUAUGAGACAGACAUCCACCAGGGCUUUGGGCACCUCCUCCAGAGGCUCAGUCAGCCAGGGGACCAGGUAAAGAUCAUCACAGGCAAUGCUCUGUUUAUUGAUAAGAACCUUCAGGUCCUGGCAGAGUUCCAGGAGAAGACAAGGGCUCUGUACCAGGUUGAGGCCUUCACAGCUGACUUCCAGCAGCCUCGUGUGACCGAAAAGCUCAUCAAUGACUAUGUGAGAAAUCAGACCCAGGGGAAGAUCCAGGAACUGGUCUCAGGCCUGAAAGAGAGGACAUCCAUGGUGCUGGUGAACUACCUCCUCUUUAGAGGCAAAUGGAAGGUGCCCUUUGACCCUGAUUACACAUUUGAGUCUGAGUUCUACGUGGAUGAGAAGAGGUCUGUGAAGGUGUCCAUGAUGAAAAUUGAGGAACUGACUACACCUUACUUCCGGGAUGAGGAGCUGUCCUGCUCUGUGCUGGAACUGAAGUACACAGGAAAUUCCAGUGCCCUGUUCAUCCUCCCUGAUAAGGGCAGGAUGCAGCAAGUGGAAGCCAGCUUGCAACCAGAGACCCUGAAGAAGUGGAAGGACUCUCUGAGGCCCAGGAAGAUAGAUGAGCUCUACCUGCCCAGGUUAUCCAUUUCCACUGACUAUAGCCUGGAGGAGGUCCUUCCAGAGCUGGGCAUUAGGGAUGUCUUCUCCCAGCAAGCUGAUCUGAGUAGGAUCACAGGGGCCAAGGACCUGAGUGUCUCUCAGGUGGUCCACAAGGUUGUGCUGGAUGUGAAUGAGACAGGCACAGAAGCAGCUGCUGCCACAGGAGCCAAUUUGGUCCCACGUAGUGGAAGGCCACCUAUGAUUGUGUGGUUCAACAGGCCAUUCCUGAUAGCUGUCUCUCACACACAUGGUCAGACUAUCCUCUUUAUGGCCAAAGUCAUUAACCCCGUGGGAGCCUAAAGCUCCCCAAUAUCUAAUAGUUCUACCCAGGUCCAUGAGACCGAGCCUGCAUGUGGAUCUCUGUGUAUAACCCAACCUUCAAACUCUGAUUGGCUGUUGCAAAGUUGGCUUAGACAGUGACAUCGACUAUCUCUGUGGCUCCCAGACAUUCAGGAGCGUUUGGACUGUAAUGUCAGGUUCUCAGGCCCCUUGGGAGCAUCUGCACAUGUUUCUGAACCUGGAAUCUGUCUUUUUUCUUCUUCCCUUGUGACUCCUCUUUCUGUGUUCAUACCCCAAACCUAGCCACUGUCAAGUACACCCAGUCCCAAUAAAGGCUUUGAGCACAUCUGC